AUGGAUAAAUUAGCUAUCAAAGUUGGCCAUCGAUAUUACGAACCAACACAAACAAUCAUGGAAAAAGAUUUUACCUCAUGGAAUUUAUUUGCAAAUUUUAUCCAACAGCAUAAUCGUAAAUAUCGUAGCAAGAAAGAAUUAUUGAAGCGAUUUCGAAUUUAUAAACGAAAUUUACGUUUAGCAAAAUUAAUACAAAAGAAUGAACAAGAUACAGCAAUUUAUGGUGAAACACCUUUCAGUGAUAUGACUCAAGAAGAAUUCAGAAAGAUUAUGUUACCAUAUAAAUGGCCAUUGGAUGAAAAUAAGUAUUUGGUGGAUUUAAAAGAAUAUGGUAUUGAUAGUGAUGAAAUACCUGAAUCAUUUGAUUGGCGUGAUAAAGGUGUUGUAACGGAAGUUAAAAAUCAAGGUAAGUGUAAUUAG